CCAUAUUGCUCCCUCUUCUCUCUCUCUCUCUCUCUCUCUAGAGUACACAAAAUAUCUUGGCCCAUACACCAUACCAUCAAGCAUCGAGAGAUUCUUGUAAGAAGAACAGUUCACGAGAUAGAAGAAUUGAAACAAGACGGAUGAAGGGAAGCUUUCCUCUUCCACCCAGCAACUUUCAUAUCUUGACCUAAAGCAAAAUCCAGGCCAAACCCAUAUCUCCAGAGUCCUGACUCCAAAACGAAGUCUUCAAUCCAUCUUGAAUUCUUUCUCAGAAACCAUGAGCUUAGAGGAAUCCUUGAAGUCUCUCUCUCUGGACUACCUCAACCUUCUCAUCAACGGCCAAGCCUUCAGUGAUGUUACUUUCAGUGUAGAGGGUCGGCUAGUUCACGCACACCGGUGCAUCUUAGCGGCCAGAAGCCUCUUCUUUCGGAAGUAUUUCUGUGGUCCUGACCCGCCGGCCGGGCUUGACCCGGCAAGUUCAAGGAUGAGCCCGGGAUCGGCAUCGUCAUCGCCGAGGGGUGGCAAUUCUCAGGUGAUCCCUGUGAAUUCGGUUGGGUAUGAGGUGUUCUUGUUGCUGCUGCAGUUCUUGUACAGUGGACAGGUUUCAAUUGUUCCUCAGAAGCAUGAGCCAAGGCCUAAUUGUGGGGAGAGGGGUUGUUGGCACACGCAUUGCACCUCAGCCGUUAAUCUUGCCCUUGAUACUCUUGCUGCCGCUAGAUAUUUUGGGGUUGAGCAGCUCGCAUUGCUCACUCAGGUCACCUUGUUUAUGAUCAUCACAAUUCUCUCUAAGCAAUUGGCUAGUAUGGUGGAGAAGGCUUCAAUUGAGGACGUGAUGAAAGUCUUGAUAGCUUCAAGAAAGCAAGACAUGCACCAGCUAUGGACCACUUGUUCUCACCUCGUCGCGAAAUCCGGCCUCCCGCCGGAGGUACUCGCGAAGCAUUUACCGAUCGACGUGGUGGCUAAGAUCGAUGAGCUCCGCCUGAAAUCCUCCCUUGCUCGACGUUCUCUCAUGUCACACCACCACCACCAUCAUCACCAUGAUCUUAGUGCCGCGGCGGCGGAUCUCGAAGAUCAGAAGAUCCGUCGUAUGCGCCGGGCACUUGACUCAUCUGAUGUCGAGCUAGUAAAGCUGAUGGUGAUGGGAGAAGGAUUGAAUCUAGAUGAAGCACUGGCCUUACACUAUGCGGUAGAGAAUUGCAGCCGAGAAGUAGUCAAAGCCUUGUUAGAGCUUGGAGCUGCCGAUGUGAAUUAUCCGGCGGGACCGGCCCGGAAGACUCCGCUACAUGUAGCGGCUGAAAUGGUCUGCCCGGACAUGGUGGCAGUCUUACUCGACCACCAUGCCGAUCCAAAUGUUCGAACCGUCGACGGCAUCACGCCGCUCGACGUGCUUCGAACUCUCACCUCGGAUUUCCUAUUCAAGGGGGCAAUUCCUGGGCUAUCUCACAUUGAGCCUAACAAGUUAAGACUCUGCUUAGAGCUGGUUCAAUCUGCAGCUCUUGUUCUCUCUCGUGAAGAAGGAAGCAGUGGAGGUGGAGGUGGAGGGAAUGCUUCUUCCACCACACCCAUUUAUCCACCAAUGAAUAAUGAUCCAAACACAACCAAUAAUAGCAAUAGUAUGGGGAUGGUGAAUCUGAGUCUUGAUUCAAGGAUGGUUUAUCUGAAUUUGGGAGCAGCUGCUGCAGCUCAGUUGGGAUGCAAGAUUGAUGGAGAAGAUGAUGAGAACAGUCACAAUAGACAGAGAGAAGCCAUGAAUCGACAUGGGUCAAGUGGGUGUAACACGUCAAUGUAUCAGUCUCAUGAUUACUAAGCUUCUUCUUCAAUCAAAAUAUUUAGUCCAUGAAUGGGGAAGACAAAGAUUAAAGGCUUUCGUUAUAGUCUAUGGAGAGAGUGAUUAUUAGAUUUGCAUGUUAUUCUGCCAUUCCUUUUGUUUUUGUUUUCUCUGUUUCUUUCCUUUCUUUUGUGGCUGUCUUCCAUAUAUUUUUUUUGUAGGGUUUCAGAUGAUCAUAUGGGGUGCAAUGCCUCUGGACAUGGAUUUUUAUCAUGAGAGGAGACAACAAGAAUCUAAGUUUGCUCUGUAGUGGGGGAAGAUGCAGGUCAAUCUUUUCAAACCUGGCCUGUCAACUCCUUUUGUAUUUAUUUUGUUAUCUAAAUAUUAUGAAUUAUUUCUUUUGAUUUCUUUAA